AACUAUGGCAUGCUUCUCUCGUAUUUCACUAGACAGUAUGGAGUGGAUGCUGACGAAAUCCGAAAGUAUCUGGGUGUCGGCGAUGAUUAUGAGGACAUAUGCUGAUUCUGUUGUGCGUCUGAUAUCUUCUAAAUCUUGCUGUCAUCUUAAUCCUGUGCUGUGCGAUUGGUCGCAAUGGGAUCAUGUGCAAGGUGCGAUCACGUGCUAUGACGUCACGCGCUCUGCCUGCAGGACGUCACAGGUCUCACAUCUUCAACUACGCUCCUCAGCUCGUCAUUGAGGGCGGUAUCUCAUAAAUAGAGAGAUGUUCCUCACGAUUUCUCAACUUGAAAUUCUCACUCUCAUCACUCUGCACGCUCUCGACGGCUCACCACGAUGUCAGAUGAAUCAGGCUCGUCCUUCAGUGCGACCUUCUUUGGCGCGCUUGAAGGCGCCGUUUCCGUACUUCUCACUCUCUUUGCAGGCUAUGUCGUCGCUCGUAAAGGCGUAGUUGAUCGCGAAACGGUCCACAAAGUGUCCAGCCUGUGUUCGACGCUUUUUCUCCCAAUGCUCAUCAUCGCCGAAAUGGGUCCCGAGCUCACCGCCUCGAAGAUAAAGACGCUAUGGAUCCUCCCUGUUUGGGGCUUCGCGAGUACGGUAAUUGCGCACCUCAUUGGUUGGCUUGGCCAAAAGCUCUUCAAGACGCGCUCAUGGGUCAUCGUCGCUUGCGGACGUCCGAACAGCAGCGCAUUACCCCUUCUUCUUCUCAAAGCCCUCAGCACCACCGGAGUGCUCGACCAGUUCUCCAACGGCGACGAAGAUUCGAGCAAGCUGCUCAAGCGUGCACAAUCCCUCAUUCUUCUCAACGUCGUCGUCCAGCAGACCUUCACUUUUCAAAUCGCACCAUGGCUCAUGAAGCAGGACCGCAAGGCGGAAGGGAAAAGCGGAAGCACAAGCGGAGAUGUCGAACAUGGGGAGUCCAGGCUGACACCGGCCUCUCCUAGUGUUCACGCUGGGAACAUCAACCCGAUCGUGCAGGAUGGCGAGCGCGUGGGGUUGUUGAAUGACCAGGACGGCAGGGAUUACGGCACCCGCGGCGAGAGUUAUUCGCAUGCUAUGGAGCUAAUCGCUGACCAGCCUGACAUUCACUGGCCUAAAUUCCUCAACUUCCUCGAGAAGCCUAUUAAGAAGACGUGGAAGAUGAUGAGCCCCCCAUUGCUUGGCGCGAUUGUUGCUCUGUUCAUUGGGCUAACUCCGCCUCUUCACAAAGCAUUCUACGACGAGGACAGUCCGCUCCACAGCUCUAUAACCCAAGCAGCUGACAAUCUCGGAGAACUCUUCGUAUCUCUGCAAAUGUUCAUUGUCGGUUCGGAGCUCGCCCUAGUACCAAAUGCCAACCCUGGCAUCGCUGAAACCAUAUACUCACUUUUAACGCGCUUCAUCAUCAUGCCCGGCACUAGCCUUCUAUUUGUGUUCCUCACUGCUGGUCGCGGUUGGUACACCAACGAUAAGCUAGUGUGGUUCUUGCUGGUGCUUAUUCCUGCUGGUCCAUCCGCGAUGCUCCUCGCCAAUAUCGCAGAGCUCGUUCAAGUCGACAUCGGCCCAGUCUCUGGAUACCUCACAAUAUCGUAUUUCUUUUCGCCGCUUAUGGCUGGUGUCUGUACACUGGCAGUCCUUGUCGUGGAUGCAGCGGCCAAGCGCAUCAAAGCAGACUGAGGAUUCGUACACCCUGGUGACCAUUGAAAUUCUCGAGUCAAAUUAUAGCGCAUUUGAGCCUUGACGGCGUUUUUCUCGCUAUACGGGUCUCGUGACAAACACUCCAUGCUAUUGUAUCUGUAUGCAUACGCGUCUCGAUACACUCUCGGAGUAUACAGAUUUAAUCAAUGUAGGAUAUCCAGACACGGCAUAGACGAUGCUAAACGGAUGUGAUGCUAGAGAAUAGUACUGUACUAGUAUAUAUUAUACUUGGAUCGCUCCAGGAUACAGUAGAUUAUCUCACAGUGCAUAAAAUCGAAAAGUCUUCGGGGAGUUGC